CCUUGGCUUCUUUGUGUGUGUGUGGGAGAGAAAAAUAGAUUCGGUCAAAUUUUUCUUGGAUCGAGACGUUCGCCGUAUGCUUUGGUUCUUCUCCACGGAUAAAUGCCCACACGCAGACGGAGAGAGAAAGAGGUGUUUGGAAAGAAUAGUGGAGCCUUUUUCUCUUGAAUCUUUCUCGGUGGGUGCCGGCCCCGUCAAAAUGGAUACGAAGAGUUGUGUCGGAACGGGAUUUUGGAGCGAUAUCUUGACCUUGGCGUGGUUAAUUUGAUCCGAGUUUUCUUGGGGAUCGUCCAGAAUAGGUCCUGGAUGAGAGUUUUGCCUGCCAUGGGCUUGUGCGGAUAGAUUCUAAUGUUUCAGGCAGCGAUUUGGCUGUUUCUUGCUGUCUUUGACGAUCCGUUUUUUCUGUUGUUUGGGGAAAAAGAAGCGGUUUUGAUACACUUAUAUGAUCUGUUUCUCACUUAGAAUCAUGGGGUUUGAUCUGGAUCUUUAGCGGUUUUCUUUGUAGAUCGUGUCUUGAUUAUUUUUUGUGGGUUGUGGCAGAAUUAAAUGUUUCUAGAGCAAGAAUCAUGAGAAUUUGAGUGAGCGGAGGAUUCUCUUUCCAGUCCUUUUCCUAUGGCAGACGAUGAUUUGAUUGAGCUAAAGUUUAGGCUUUUUGAUGGCUCUGACAUUGGGCCAGACAAAUAUGAUCCUUCCACGACCGUGGCAUCUCUCAAAGAAGUCGUACUGGCUCGGUGGCCGCAAGACAAGGAAAUUACCCCAAGAACCGUAAAUGAUGUGAAACUCAUUAAUGCGGGAAAAAUAUUGGAGAACAACCAGACACUUUCGGAGUCUAGAGUGCCAGUUGGAGAGCUUUUGGAUGGUGUCACCACUAUGCAUGUUGUUGUGCGGCCUCCCCAACUUGACAAAAAUAAUGAGAAGCAGCUGGGAGAUACACAAAAACAGAACUGUUGUACAUGUACCAUCUUGUGAUGCCAAAUAAUAGCUUGAUGAAUCUUGUCUAGUUGAACUUUUGGCAGCCAUGUUUGAUUAAGCAAGGCUUGUUUGUUCAGGUCAAGUGUUUUGGCAUUGUUCACUUGGCUGGCUGUGAAAAGUUUUGCAAAAUGCUUCACAAUCUUUGUCAUGGAAUAUUGGAAAAGGCAUCAAAGUGAGACUUGCAGUUAUCAUUCUUUUGAGUACAAAUUUGUUAUGACCGACACUCCUGUACGAAAGGAAUUUGGCUUCAACCACAAUUUUUUGGUUCUGGGUUCUUGUUUUCAUGACAUGCAAUCAAAAAUUGAAGUAUUAGGGAUUGUUAUUGCAUUUGUAUAAAUGUCAGGUACGACAAAAAAAACUAGUUAUUUGUUGCUUCUAUGUGAUCCUUGUCUAAUUUAAUG